CACUCGUCGGCUGUCAAGAUGGAGAAACCGAUGCUGAUGCUGGCUUUCACCUGCAAAAAGUGCCAUGAGAGGUCGUCCCAUAUUAUCUCCAAGCAGGCCUACACCUCGGGAACCGUGUUGGUACAGUGUCCGGGCUGCAAGAAUAGACAUCUAAUUGCAGAUCAUCUAAAGAUCUUUUCUGACCAUCGCAUAAACAUAGAAGACAUCCUGGCAUUGAAAGGUGAGAGCGUCACUGUGACACCUGAAGACCUUGCGUUUGAGGAUAUCCCCGAAAAGCUGCGCGAUCUGAUUGGCCACCACGCCAAAGAU